AUGUCCGACAUCCUCGAAAACAUCAAAGAAGCCCUCAAUCCCAAAGAGCGCGAACAAGCCACCAUCCCCGACUACGACCCACACAAGCGCGGUCCCUAUCCCGACCCCGACAACAACGAAGCCUCGACCAUCGUCAACCCAGCGACCGAUACCUCACAACAAGUGUCUCCUCCAAAGGGCGAUGUGCCCGACGCCAAGGCGGCAACGUCAACGCAGGAGUCACGCAAGGUGGCAUCCGGGACCGCGACGGACGGCCGAAACAUGGGUUGA